UCUUUGAUUCUCGAUAGGUUGGAAACUUAAAACUUAAAAGGCUUUAAAAUCAUCUAAUAAAUCUCAUGUAUCUUUAGAUGCUUGCUUCAGAUUUCUAUAUAUAAUCCUUACUCACUGCUAAUUUCUGUAUAAGCUAGCUACUUACUUCAUAAAUUUUGUGACAGGGAUUGAUCGGGAUUUGAUCGGCAGCCAUGGGUGAUAUGAAGGAGGAAACAAGUGAAAUGGUGAUUGGAGAACAUGCCAUUGAGACUGUGAGUGUGGACAAGACAACAAAUAAUGAAUUUGUGUCUGAAAAUACAACAACAGAAUUGGAGUUCUCUGAGAAAGAGACAUUCGAUGAGAUUUUGUCUGAGAACAAAACAGUGGAAAGUGUUUGUGCGAAAGAAACAAAAGAGGCUGUGCCUGAGGAGACAGCCAAGGAGACCGUAACAGAGAAAAAGCUUGUAGUUGUAUUUGUUUUAGGUGGCCCUGGUGGGGGAAAGAGCACCCAGUGUGCUAAGAUCGCUAAAGAAGUCGGCUAUACUCAUCUCAGCAGUGGAGACCUACUUCGCCAGACCAUUAAAAGCGACCCUGUAAAUGGGCCUAUGAUUGAAGCCAUGAUCAAGGAGGGCAAGAGUGUGCCUCCAGACAUAACAAUGGAGAUUCUUCAGAAAGCAAUUGAGGAAAGUGAAAAUGAUAAAUUUAUUCUUGAUGGUUUCCCUCGUGACGAGGAGAUUAGAGCAGCUUUUGAAUCUGCUACCAAAACAGAGCCAGAACUUGUUCUGUUCUUUGAGUGUUCUGAAGAAGAGAGGGAAAGGAGAAUCUUAAGCAGGAAUCAGGGAAGAGUUGACGACAAUUCUGAGUCUGUAAGGAAGAGGUUUAGAUAUUUUCAGGAGCAUACUCUUCCCGUGGUUCAUUAUUACAAAAGAAAAGGGCUAGUUUUGCAGAUUGACGCUGGGAGGCUAGAGGAGGAGGUCUUUGAGACUCUGAAAAGCAUUCUAGGUCCCUCAACAACCAUGCAAGCUGAAGAAGCACCCAUUACUGAAGAACUUGGAAAGAAAAUUUCAGAAUUAGGAUUAUAAAAAUGUUCUGUAUAUACUUUAAAGUAAAAAUGAAGUUAUUUAUUAUGUAUUGAUUCGGCAUGUUUCAUUUAGCCGAUUCAAUCGUUUGAUUUUCUACAACAAAUAUAAGUAUUGUGUGCUACAAGUGCCUGUGAUUUUGUUUUGAAAAUUUUGUAUGAGCAUAACUUGAUUAGCUGCAAAUCAUGCAAUAUAAUUUUGUAAUUUGUCUUC